UAGGACACAGUCACGCCAGAUCUGUUCCGUGUUCAAAUCGGAAGACAAGAUGGAGAUCGAAAAUCUAACCGCCGAUGAUUCUUCAGCCACUAUGGCGGAAGUGCUGCCGUUGGCAUCCAUUUCUCAACAACCUUACGUCUCCGAACUCCUUUCCUUCACUCUCGAUCGCCUGCACAAGGAACCGGAGCUUCUCCGCGUCGAUGCCGAGAGAAUUCGUAGGCAGAUGCAGGAGGUUGCUGUCAAUAACUACCGUGCAUUCAUUUCUGCCGCCGAUGCUUUGGUUUCUACACGCCACGAAGUCUCAUCCAUUGAUAAACACCUCGAAUCAUUGAUUGCAGAGGUCCCAAAGCUAACAUCUGGCUGCUCUGAGUUCAUAGAGUCUGCAGAAAAGAUUCUGGAGCAGAGAAAGAUGAACCAAACACUGCUGGCAAAUCAUAGUACUUUGCUUGACUUACUUGAAAUUCCUCAGCUUAUGGACACGUGUGUGAGGAAUGGGAAUUAUGAUGAAGCUCUAGACUUGGAAGCAUAUGUUAGCAAACUGUCAACAAUGCACCCGAAAUUACCAGUCAUUCAGGCCCUUGCUGCUGAAGUAAGACAGACUACCCAGUCUUUACUCUCCCAACUUCUCCAAAAACUAAGAUCAAAUAUUCAGUUACCAGAAUGUCUUCGCAUUAUUGGAUAUUUGCGAAGGAUAGGAGUGUAUAGUGAGUAUGAAAUGCGCCUACAGUUUCUAAGAUGCAGAGAGUCAUGGUUAUGUGGGAUUCUUGAUGACUUAGAUCAGAGAAAUGCUUAUGAAUACCUAAAAGGAAUGGUAAACUGUCACAGAAUGCAUCUGUUUGAUGUUGUCAACCAAUAUCGUGCCAUAUUUGCUGAUGACACAUCAGGAAGUGAGGAGAAUUAUGAUGGAGGACUUCUCUUCAGCUGGGCUAUGCAUCAGAUUGCAUCUCACCUUAAAACUCUCAAAAUCAUGCUCCCUAAGAUAACUGAAGGUGGAUCUUUAUCCAAUAUAUUGGAUCAGUGCAUGUAUUGUGCCAUGGGGCUCGGUUGGGUAGGGUUGGAUUUUCGGGGCCUACUUCCACCUCUUUUUGAAGAGGCUGUUUUAAACCUAUUUUCAAAAAACAUGAACACAGCAGUGGAGAAUUUUCAGUUGGUUUUGGAUUCUCACCGAUGGGUCCCACUACCAGCAGUUGGCUUCUCAUCCAAUAGCGUUGGUGAUGAAAGCCAGGAAGACAUUACACCUCCCCCAAGUCUAAUGGAGCAUUCGCCUCUUGCUGUUUUUGUUAACGGUGUAUCUGCUGCAAUGAAUGAGCUGAGGCCAUGUGCACCAAUAAGCUUGAAACAUAUUCUUGCUCAAGAGCUAGUAAAAGGGCUGCGAACUGUUUCUGAUUCUUUAUUAAGAUAUAACACCACAAGAGUACUAAGGGAGAAUGAGUCUCUUCUCUUUCUUUCUCUCUGCAGAGCAUUUAUAGAGGUUGCUUAUCCACAUUGUGGUACGUGCUUUGGACGAUGUUACCCUGGAGGCGCUUCUCUCAUCAUGGAUGGAAAGUACGUGUUGGAGGGGCUUUCCCGUCUUUUGACAACGUCAUCUUUACGGCACUUACCAAAGAGAGUUCAAAAUAAUGCUAGUGCUACUGGUGAGACAAAGAAUGUAGCAGAAAACGGUAAUCCACCUGCUGCGGUUGAAAAUGGAUCAUCAGUCACAGACACAGACACAGUUCCGGUCACAACAGAUAAAGAAAUGGAGAAUAAUAAUGUGGUUGAGGAAGACGACAAGAAUAUGGUUCAACAAACUCAUGAAAAACAAAGUGAACAAUAAAUAUUAUGUGCACUCCGGAUUUUUAAACUUUAACCUUUUUUUUUAAUAGUUAAAUAUUGCACAAGUUAUAUUUUUGUAUUGUAUUAUAAGAUGGUUAUGAAUGAGUAUGUGCUAAAUGAUAUACAAGGUUUUAAUUUUGAGCA